AUGACUCGACACGGCGGAGGAGUCCUCAUUAUGGGAUCACCCAACACUCUCGUUCGCAACUUUCUCUUGAUUUUCAUUCUUUUCUCAGUAUUUGUCUUUUCUCAAACCCAAUCGCCCGGCUCAGGAGGAACCUGUUCAGAUGCCGUACCAUGUGAAUCUGGUUGCUGCAAUGGCAACAACGCAUGCGGCUUUGGUCCCGAAUACUGUAGCGUUGAUGCCGGCUGCAAAAGCAAUUGCAAUGCCACGGCCGAGUGUGGUCAAUAUGCUGCUGUAGCCCCUGGAGAUUGCCCCAUCAAUGUCUGUUGCAGUAAAUGGGGAUUUUGCGGUACUACAUCUGAUUUCUGCGGCGAUGGAUGUCAGCCAAACUCGGACGGUGGUGGAUGCGGUGAUGCUCCGCGGCCAGAAGAGUGCACAGCAAACACCAAUGCACUUAGCUAUGAACGUCGUAUAGGAUACUAUGAGCUCUUCGCCAUUGAGCACUCCUGCAAUGUCUUUGAGCCUGAAGAGAUCAUUGUCGCUGGCCUUACACAUUUAAACCUAGCUUUUAUCAACUUCGGGAGUGACUACAAACUGGAGACUGGCUAUGGGAGCCUGAUCUACCGCUCCUCCCUUUUGAAGGUCAAUAACCCAGGACUACACGUUUGCAUAUCGGUUGGAGGCUGGGAUUUUAGUGACCCUCCCGACCAGACUCGUUGGUCAGACAUGGCCAAUGACUACGACAAUCGACAGACUUUUAUCAACUCUGUCGUUGACUUUCUCACAAAGUACGGAUUAGAUGGUAUUGAUCUAGACUGGGAAUACCCCUCUGCGGAUGAUCGCGGUGGUAUCCCCUCGGAUGCUGAUGCCUACGUGCUAUUGGUGUCUGAUCUGCGCGACGCGUUCGAUGCAAAAAAUCCUGGUUGGACGAUUUCAGUCACACUGCCAACAAGCUACUGGUAUCUGCGAGGAUUCAACAUCAAGAGUAUGCAAAAAUAUGUGUCAUGGUUCAACCUGAUGUCAUACGACUUGCAUGGUACUUGGGAUCAUGACAAUCAUUGGACGGGUCCGUACCUCAAGGGCCACACUGACAUCACCGAGAUUGAUUCGGGUCUUGACCUCUUGUGGCGCAACGGCAUUGACCCUUCUAAUGUGGUGUUCGGAAUGGGCUUCUAUGGCCGCUCUUUCACCAUGGCGGACUCCAGUUGUUACGAGCCCAAUGGCGUCUGUGAGUUCAGCUCGGGAGGCCGCGCCGGGACUUGUUCCGGCACCGUGGGAAUUUUGACUUAUCAAGAGAUCGCGGCGCGCAAUAGCAGCUUGGAUGUUCAUACCUUCUACAACGAAACUUCUACGGUCAAGUUCAACGUCUAUGACGGUGAUCAAUGGAUUUCCUAUGAUGACGAGCAGUCGUGGACUGACAAGAAGGCUUUUCUCUCCAAGAGAUGCCUGAGCGGUCUCAUGAUCUGGGCUCUCGACCAGGAUAACUCAACCUUUGAAGCCUAUGAUGGCGUCAUGGGGGACACCUCGCUGCUGCAGCUCGAGGGCGGUGGCCUGAGCCCAGAGGCCGAGGCAGCGCUAGCCGAUCAAUUCGCUGCGUACACUGGGCAAAACUGUUUCGUGACACCAAGAUGUACAGACGGCAGUCCUGGACAGCAAGGUUCUGAACAGGUCUGCCCAAGUGGAUAUCAGUCUGUUUCUACGGCACACACUCCCAAACAAGCACUGGGCCAUGACUACUUCGGGGAAUGCAGCAAGGGCUGGUGGCGGAAUAUCUGCUGCCCCAAGGAUGCCCUUCCCCAGAACUGCGGAUGGGUUGGGGCCCCGAUCCGCAGCGAAGUUGGCUGCUCGGGUUUCUGCGGCAGCUCUCAAUUCCAGCUUAAUACAGACAGCUACCUGGAUGCCAAGGGUGAGGACAGCUGCUAUUAUGGCACUCGAUCGCUCUGUUGCGACUCCACUGCUUUGAUCUCGGAUUGCUACUGGAGUCCAUGCCAGGGUCCCAUCUCUACCAACCCACAGUGCAACGAUGGCUACACGUUCGAAGGCUAUCGUCUCGACAAACCUGAUGGCACUCCGUGGUGCUCUGAUACUUAUGUCUCCCCCGUAGAUGGCAAGAAGGGCAGCCCCGUUCACGUUAGCUUCAAGAGCGCACUUUGCUGUCCAAAAAAGCAGGCUUGGGAAAAUUGCAACUGGUCCAACAAUAACCCUACGGUCACGCAGGACCCCGAGAAUAUUUGCCUACCCCAACCAUGUGGUAAAAACCAAAUCCAGAUUGCCACCGCUCUUGAUCCUCCACCAGCACCUGCCGCGGCUUCCGACGUGACUUUCCCAGUCUCUUGUGACGGCGUAGUCGCCCCGGUAGGCGUGGAUAUGCACUAUCCACUGUGCUGCGACCUUCAGACCAAGUACAACUCGAAAUGGCCCGUGGAUCCCGAAAAGGUCUUCAAGACCUACUAUAACACGCCAGGCGAGUCCGACGUGAUGUGGCAGUACAGCGACGAGUUCACAAACAACGACAAGGAUGACGGCCAAUCAUCCUCCGAGGACGGGACUGAUGCCUAUGGUUUCCUAAUGCUCGACGGGCCGGAAGGUUCCAUCGACAACUCCUUCUCUACGACCAAUACUAUCGUGCGAAAGGAGGCCGAGAUCCCUAACAUCAAGCGGUCAAUCGUGACGUAUAAUCAGUCGGUUAUGGACGCGGUAUUUGAACAUACGGAGGAGACGUUCCAAUUUUAUUGCAACUUCCCCGCAGACUCCUCUCAGUGUGCGCGUAUCUGGAUCGGAGGUGCUGAAGACACCAUCAUCCGGAUGCCAGAUCAUGUUGGAGAAGGCCCCUUUGCUCGUGUCGUUUCCGUAAGGGAGCUCAAGACAGAUGAUGAUGUGGUUCUUCCUGCACAUCAUGUCGAGCAUCGAACUGUGGAAGGAAUCCAUCAGACGAAUCCCGUUUACGAAGUCAAGAUUGAUUAUAACUUCCUAGCCAUCUCCCACAAGCGCGAUACUGACCCCGUCUAUCUUCGCGUCGACUAUACGAAUCUGCUGGGAUACUGGGACGAAGUUGAUGCUGCGGACCCUAGCAAGAAGAGGAGCAGCAUGCCCGACUGGCAGUCUCGUGUCAAGAGGGCAGCCAUGAGGGAUAAGGCCAUAAGAAAGAGAUCGGCUCCUCUCAAUGUCACAGUGCCAAUGGAGCCCAUUGCCGCCCGAUGUGGGAAUGAUGGUACAGAUGUCGCCGAUUCAUCGGUCGAUAAACGAUGGUGGGGAGUCAUUGGAACUUGGAUCAAGAAAUUGACAACCAUUGAAAAGUCUGACCUGGGCGUAAUCCCCUUGGGAUGGCAAGACAGCAUCAAUCUAUUCUCGGCCCAGUGGGGUUGCCCAGGUGAGACCUUCUCGGCUAAUCUGAGAAUGGACUUGGAAGCCAGGAUACAGAUGGAUGCCACAUAUGCAUACUACUUCCAAGGCCAGUUUAUUCCUCCCGCGUCGCCCGAAGUCUACGCGUAUCUCGGCAUGGAGCCCUCAGCGUACGUCGGUCUUCACCUAGAGGGAAAUGCAGUGAUGCAAUAUUCCUCUGGUCGUAAGAAGAUCAUCGACACGCUUGCAUACCCAGGUUUGGCCGUCAAAGGAAUUGCGGCUGUGGGACCGACCCUGGAUGUAUAUGGAGAGAUUCGUGGUAAAAUUACCAUUCAUGGCGAGGCCAAUGCCGGGGCUACGCUCAACUUUGGCAAAGCCGAGGUUUACUGGCCAUCAGAUGCCGCAGAGAGCGAGGACGCCCAGCAGCUGCUUGGACUCGACAGUGACGUUAAGAAGCCAGCUCCCGACACGAUCGCGCCAACAUUCGAGGCCGGGGUUGAAAUCGACGCCCAGUUGGAUGUAAUUGUGACUCCCGAGGCUAACGUAGGUAUCAAGAUUGGCGGCGGAAGUUUGGUGAGCACGACCAUCAUGGACGCACAGCUCACGGGAUACGUGAUGGGCGACCUCUCAUUCCAAGCUUCGGGUCAGGUGAGCACGACCACGGGAUCGUUCCAGUACAGCUACGGUGUCUAUGCCUUUUAUAAUAUAGGCUACAAAGCUACAGCCGUUAUCUUGGGCAUUCUGAAUUGGGCAACGGGACCGCAGCAGGCCUACACACCGGAUAAGCGUAUUGAUAUUUACGGGCCCGUAAACGGAGAAAUCCCACUCGUCUCUAAACGGGGCCUUGAGGAGCCGUCGCCGAUAAACGGCUCCGUAGUCAUCAGGUCUGGGCUGGAUCUCCUGGCACGAGAUGACACUGAUGACAAUGAUGGCCUGUCCCCGAACACGCCCGAUUUCACUCAACAGCUCACGUGUCCCCCAGGCUCAAAAGCCGACGUUAAAUUACCGGAACUUCGCUUCAAUUGCGACCUGUUUGGGCCCGUGCAAGUAAAUCCAUUCCCGGACGGGAAGCACACGACAUUUUUGCAGAAAGGAAUGUGCGACGGCUGGAAGAGUAUGACGACCCGUCCUACGGUGCUGACGUACUCGAACAACCUAGACCGCGUUAGUGAUCGACGGAAUGAGCAGUGUCCUUCGGGAUAUUGUGAUAGCGCUACAAAACAACUUAUAACCGCUACAGGGCUCGAUGGUAGUACCACAGCCAAGGCGAAGCCCCAGCUAGAGUGCGAUGAAGCACCAUGGGCGUCAUCUGAGGAAGGGGGUAACUUCGGGGCUUCCACAGGUAGCCGGUCGGCAACUUGUGUCCCUGGAUUCCAGAAUGGUGGCUGGGCAGGUAGCACGUGUCAGAAAAUGGUUGGUGAUCUGUCAACCAAUUGGGGACAGCUGGACCCAACUCUGGAUAUCAAAGACGAGGACAGGGUUGACAAUUGGUUCCGUUGGAGAGAAGACAAGGAGAUAUGGACGGCAGCCAGUGCUCAAGGUGCCAAUGAGCAGCGCGCUGUGACAUAUCCCAACAGGCAGCCUGAUCCCGACGGUAUGACUACCCGGCCAAAUGCCCAGACGUCGUGGCUAUUCAAGCGCAACUAUACUUGGUCUCUCGCCGAUAGCACAUCCAACGCAAAUGCAUGGUGGGAUGCCACGAGCCGUUCCUUUGCAACCACCUCAUAUACCGGACCUACCGGUUGGGAUGCUGUUUUAUGUGCCCUCAACACGUUUGGUCAGGACAAAAUCUAUAAAAUUGGCGGGACUAAAGACUAUAACGGCUACUGUCUCCGCGGGCCUCAAUACACCACCAAAGGAUGGCAGAACGUUUACCACGCUGCGCGAUGCAAGAUUACCUUUGGCACAACGACUACGACCACCACAACAACGACGACAAAGAGGGAUAUAAAUAGUAACGAUACUGCGGGUGCUGCCGAUGAAUGGAGUGUUCAAGGCAUUGAAUACAUCGACACGCCUGAGGAAGAGAAAGUUUAUAUUACGCUACCUAUUGUCAAACUAUCAGGGUAA